UUGAUUUUCUAUGACACAGACCAUCAGCGCAGCAGUGAAGGUGAUGCAGACACUGGUCGCCGGUUCUACAAUAUCUUCACCAAUAGCCGCGGAAGUAGUGGCGGGUCUGGGGCCUGCUCUAAUCUCACUAGUAGCCUCCUGACUCGAACUCACCGCUCUUCCCCUGGUUACAACGUUACUCAGUCGGCAUUGCAGUCUCCGAGUAACCCCUUCAACCAGUUCUCUUUGCCCUUCACUCCGGGGCGUCAUCUCCACUUGAAUAAUCAACAUAAUCACCACUCAUCUUUCUCCCCGCGGUACCAGCACUCUGCUACUGGCGUGCUCCUAUGUCAGCGCGAGCUGGCAUUCGCCCGAUGGACCCAAGCUUUGGUGCGGCACUGUCGGAAUACACGGGUUGACUUCAGUGUAGAGGAAGACAGAGCCAAGCGCCAACGCGAAUUGCGCACUUAUAGAGCUCUGGAAAUCAAGCGAGUUACUGACAGUGACACUCCAUGA